UCCCGGGUGCUGGAGCGCGCCCUCGCCUGCUGCAGGUGGGCGGCAGAAGUCCGGGCGGCGAGGCUCAGCGCCGCUCCCCGCGCCGGGGGUACCCGAGCGGGGCAGCGGCCCGGGACCUGCCCCGCGAGCUCGCGGGGAGAGCCUGGGCCCAGGAGACGGACGGCUGCGCGCUGUGCGUGUCAGCCGGCGGAGCUAGCAGGGAGGCUUGAGGAAAUCGAUGUGAAACUGAACAGGAAAUCUUAGUCGAGGAGCGCAAGCUGUGUGGAUCAGCGUGGGUCUGCGCGGAAGCUGAAGUUACUGGAAACUGUUGGAAAAUACAUCAAGUCUCACACUCAGGUGCUCCUGGAACCAUGAACAACAAUGGAACAGACCCGGCCAUCGGAUACAUCUGCUCCUCCAUAGCUAUCCUUUUGUUUGGCUCAAACUUUGUGCCACUGAAAAAAUGUGACACUGGUGAUGGUAUGUUUCUCCAGUGGAUCCUUUGUGCUGCCAUAUGGUUGGUUGCCUUGGUGGUCAAUCUGAUACUGCAUUGCCCUAAGUUUUGGCCUUUUGCAAUGCUUGGGGGCUGCAUUUGGGCAACAGGGAACAUUGCUGUUGUCCCAAUUAUCAAAACCAUUGGUUUAGGCCUUGGAAUCUUAAUCUGGGGAUCAUUUAACGCCUUGACUGGCUGGGCAAGCUCAAGGUUCGGCUGGUUUGGAAUGGAUGCAGAAGAAGUACCAAAACCACUGCUGAAUUACACUGGAGCUGGACUAUCAGUAGUAAGUGCUUUCAUAUUUUUGUUCAUCAAAAGUGAAAUACCGAAUAACACGUGUUCCGUGGAUACCACACCACUAAUAACAGAGCGUGUGAUCAACACAGCUCAAGAGUCCUGUCCCAGUGAUUCCAGUGACUCCUGGGUGGAGCAGCUGUCUACAGUUCACCGCCGCCUAGUAGGUUGCAGUCUGGCAGUGAUAUCUGGAGUACUCUAUGGAUCUACAUUUGUGCCAAUCAUUUAUAUCAAGGACCACAGCAAAAGAAAUGAUAGCAUGUUUGCAGGGGCAAGCCAGUAUGAUUUGGACUACGUGUUUGCACACUUCAGCGGCAUCUUCCUUACAAGUACAGUCUACUUUCUGGCUUACUGUGUAGUCAUGAAAAAUAGUCCUAAACUGUAUCCUGAAGCAGUCUUACCAGGCUUCCUGUCAGGAGUGCUCUGGGCGAUAGCCACCUGCUGUUGGUUCGUAGCUAAUCACUCUCUAAGUGCCGUGGUCAGCUUUCCAAUCAUCACUGCUGGCCCAGGAUUUAUAGCUGCAAUGUGGGGUGUCUUCAUGUUUAAAGAAAUACAGGGUCUGAAAAACUACUUAUUAAUGAUGCUUGCGUUCUGCAUCAUCGUGACCGGAGCGUUAUGCACUGCGUUUUCCAAACUCUGACGACACACGGCCAGCAGAUGGCAGCAGUGGUUCGGCGAGCGCCCCCACUGCCCGCCAGCGAGAGACCGGCCUGCGAUGGUUUCCUGCACAGAGCAGCCUCUCCACCGCGCCCUCCGUGGGAAAAGGAUUUUUUCUUCCUCAGCAGUGUGAGAAUGAAGGAAAACUGAAUUUCUGGCAAGUACAAAAGUGGAAGACUCUUCUGGUGAACUGUUUCUGAAGAAAGUUGGUACAGGGUAACUAGAAGGUUUGCAGUCCUGCAGCAUUGCCACAGUUUGUGCCCAGUGAACAAGACCGGGCCGAGGCUCUGGCUUGGGACCCUCAGUAGUGACCACAGCCUGGGGAGGGGGCACCAGACUUACCCCACAGUGGAAUCAGACUGCACAGGUAUCCAGAUCUCUGCCAGAUAAAGCCAGUGUCACCGUGGGCAACCAUGUUAAAAAUGCCACUUCAUUACCUUUUGCCAGAAUUUAUUUUUCCAAUUAAUGUUUCCCAAUUCCGUAUCAUCCACCCAUCUAUGCUCAAAGUGCCUUUGAUUAUCUCCAGAUAAAGUUCACCCUGAGAACACACACGUUUGACACCAUGGGCAGUAUGUGCAUGUUAUAAACAGACGCAGUUACACAGGCAAGUACACACACACACCCAAACGGAGGGAAAUUCUAGAGUUGCUAAGUGAGAUUUUUGGUUUAUCAGUGAUAAUUUGAAUGGACCAACACUUCUUGAAUGUACAUUUGUUUUCUGAAAUAGACUUUUCUAGACACCCUUUUGCUGGCAGUUUUCCAACUUUCAUUUUGUUUUUAACUGGUGGCUUCCAGGAGGCAAAAGAAAGGGGCAGACCUGCUGGUAGUAUUUCUUUAAGAAAUGUCUCUAAGAAAAGGGAAAUGGAACUGGUCUAGUGCACACGGUUUACAAAUCCUUCAGAUGGUAAGACCCCUAUUCAAAUAUACAUUUCACUGCUUCCCACCUGGUGAUGCAGCCCCUGACUCUGCUGGGGAAACAGCAGCUCCUAUAGGCACAAUCACUGAGGCGAGCCUGCGAGGAUUUAAAUCCCACCUGUGCGCCACUUCAGCCGUGUGACUCUGGAGAAAGCCCAGAGCCCGCUGUAGCCGAUUCUUCAUCAGUAAAGUGCAUCGCGUAACUGUUGUGUGGGUCCAGCUGGUGGAAAUCUGUAGAGUGUGUGCGUGAGUACUUAGCAAGUGUUAUAUCAUCGUGAGCUAUUAGGAUGGCAUGCUGUUGGAGAUGUAGAAAAAUGUCUCUAGAUCAGAGAGUGCAUUGAAAAAACUACUCCCCUCCCUGCUGAAACACUUACUAUGAAUUCUUAAUAAAUAAUACCGGAGUCCCAUUGAUUAUUGAAUUAUUAAUGCAAAUACAUAUUUCACUGUAACUUCCUAUAAUCCUUUCAUUUUAAACUGAAAUAUCAUUAAAUUAUGCUGAUCAGUGGAAUAAACUGACAUGGUACAAAAGCUGUUUUUCUUGUUUAAAUGUAUUUUACAAUUAUGAGGCCAGCAUUGUGGUGACGUGAGUUAAGUUGCCACUUGGGAUGCUGGCAUGCCAUAUCAGAGCACCAGUUCAAAUCCCGGCUGCUACACGUCUGAUCCAGCUUCCUGCUCAUGCACCUAGGAAGGCAGCAGAUGAUGGCCCAAGUACCUGAGCCCCUGCCACACGUGUAGGAGAUCAGUCUAGGGUUCUGGCUCCUGGCUUCAGCCAGGACCAGACCUGGCUGUUGUAACUAUUUGGGUAGCAAACCAGUGAGCAGAUCUUGAUCUCUUUCCCUCUGCCAUUCUGUCUUUCAAAUCACUAAAUCUCUUAAAUGUGUGUGUGUGUGUGUGUGUAUAUAUAUAUAUAUAUAUAUAUAUACACACACAUACAUAUAUAUAUAUAUGUUUUAGAAUUUUAUUUUAUAUAGAUUUGCAUUAUUCUUUAGCUUGAGAUUGCCAACCUAUAUGCAAAAUUGUGGAGUAAAGCAGUUAAGAAGAAACAUGGGGAGGCGAAGGUCACAUUAUUAGUGUACGGUUUCUGCUACCACGCAGUGGCUGCGAUGUUGGUAGCAGAUGACAUUCCAAACUGAAAGCCCCCUUGCGAUGUUUCUUCAUUCUUUCCCUGAAAGGUCCUGCAUUUUUUGCCUUAACAGUGGGUCUGAUCAUUUAUUUUAAGUUUCUGCUUUCUUAGGAAAACUGCUGGGGGCACCAGCACCCUUGGCUGGCAUGAUUCCACGCCCCUCUAUGGAAAACUGCCUCUCCUUCCUGAGCAUGAAACUUUGUCCAGACCCCUGCUCCAGGAAGCGGACUGGAGUCAUGUUCUAUAUCCUACUGCCCGGCAUUAAACCUUCCUUUUCUCAAAGACCAGCGUCACAGAUUGUGUGUGUGUGUGGUGACAGUAUCAGUAAGAUCAGUGUGGAGGAGACAAACCAAACAACUGAUGAUGUAGAGGUCAAAAAAAGGACAGGUGGCAAAUCUCCCUUGGUUUGCUGAGCCUGCAAAGUUAAUGCUGAACUUUCUUGAGGUUUUGAAAGUUUGCUUUUUACUGGUUUAGCGUGACCUAAUUCUUUUAGUAUUUCUGCAUCUCAUCUCAUCAAGUGGCACCUAACACUGCCUGCCAUCUUGUGGCCAGAUAGGGCACUACAAUUUUAAGCUACAAGUGGAACCUUUGAGGCCCCAGUCAGGCCUUGAGAACCUCCCAAGAUAGAAACAGCAAAUCCUGCUGUGUAGGACUGAUAGUGCAGCACUUCUACUGAACUACCUUCUUUGCUCUGGCUGCACUGAUUUAUCUACGUACACCUACUAUGCCUAUCUAUAUUCAUAUUAAUAAAAUGGAAAACCUUUCGAGUGAAAAGGAAGUUGUAGAGAAUCAUGCACAUAGCAUGAUACCAUUUAGGUAAAAUUUGAGUAACCAAAGUCAUAUGCAGCUUCUAUAAAUACAUAUUUCUAUAAAAAUUGAAAGAUCCACAUCAGAUUCCUAAGUGAUGCCUUUUUUUUAAUAAAGAUUUAUUUAUUUACUUAUUUGAAAGAGAGGCAGAGAGAGAAAGAGAAAGAGGUCUUCCAUCCGCUGGGUCACUCCCAACUUGGCCACAAUGUCUAGAGCUGCGCUGAUCCAAAGCCAGGAGCCAGGAGCUGCUUCUGGGUCUCCCACGUGGGUGCAGGGGCCCAAGGACUUGGGCCAUCUCCCACUGCUUUCUCAGGCCAUAGCAGAGAGCUGGAUUGGAAGUGGAGCAGCCGGAACUCAAACUGGUACCCAUAUGGGGUGCCAGCACUACAGGUGGUAGCUUUACCUGCUACGCCACAGUGCCAGCCCCUACAUUCACAUUACAUUUAUUAUGGAAUACUGAUAAUGUUUGUUGUAUUUUAGCAUUGUUACUUUCUUACUAUGCCUAAUUUAUAAAUGAAAUUUCACCAUAUGUUUGUGUAUAUAGAAAUAAAUAUCGUGUGUACAAGGUUCUGAACUCUGUGCAAUUGCAGGCAUCCUCCGGGGAUCUUUGAAGAUAUCCCCUGAUGAUAUGGGGGGACUACUAUAGUUUGAAAUAAAAGAAUAUUCUAUCUUGCCCUCCUAGAGAAAGACAAAAGAACAGGUCUGCACUGAAUUUUAUGAAAAAAUUUUUGGAGAAAAAAAUAAAAUGCUU